CGCGCGCUUCCGGGACAGGGGUGGAGCGCCGGAAUUGCGUGGCCGCGGGGCCAUGGCGGCGCUGGUCGUCCUCUGUCUGCUGCUGCAGGCGGUGUCCUGGCCGCUAAUCUGGGCCUCAGGCGAGGAGUUCUGGCCCGGCCAGUCCGCCACUGACAUCCUGUUGGGAGCAGCGUCCCGCAGACGGUACCUGCUGUACGACGUCAACCCCCCAGAAGGCUUCAACCUGCGCAGGGAUGUCUAUAUCCGUGUGGCCUCCCUGCUGAAGACCCUACUGAAGACUGAGGAGUGGGUGCUCGUCCUGCCCCCCUGGGGCCGCCUCUAUCACUGGCAGAGCCCCGACAUCCACCAGGUCCGGAUCCCCUGGUCUGAGUUUUUCGACCUUCCGAGUCUCAACAGGAACAUCCCAGUCAUCGAGUAUGAGCAGUUCAUUGCAGAGUCUGGCGGGCCCUUCAUCGACCAGGUGUACGUCCUGCAGGGUUACGCAGAAGGCUGGAAGGAGGGAACCUGGGAGGAGAAGGUGGAUGCACGGCCCUGCAUUGACCCUCCACUCUACUCCCAGGACAAGCACGAGUACUACAGGGGCUGGUUCUGGGGCUAUGAAGAAACCCGGGGCUUGAACGUCUCCUGCCUCUCUGUCCAAGGCUCAGCGUCUGUUGUAGCUCCCGUGCUGCUGAAGAACACUUCAGCUCGGUCUGUGAUGUUAGACAGAGCCGAAAACCUCCUUCACGACCACUACGGAGGAAAAGAAUACUGGGAUACCCGGCGGAGUAUGGUGUUUGCCAAGCAUCUGCGGGUAGCAGGAGACGAGUUCCGGAAUAAGUUCCUCAACUCCAGUGACACUGCAGAUGCCAUUCCCACGGAGGAGGACUGGACAAAGCUGAAGGUCAAGCUGGGCUCCUCACUGGGAGGCCCAUACCUUGCUGUCCACCUUCGGAGGAAGGACUUCAUCUGGGGCCACAGGGAGGACGUGCCCAGCCUGGAGGGUGCUGCCCGGAAGAUCCGCAGCCUCAUGACAGCGCACCAGCUGCCCAGAGUGUUUGUGGCCACGGAUGCCAUCAGGAAGGAACAGGAAGAGCUGAAGAGGCUGCUGCCUGAGAUGGUGAGGUUUGAGCCCACCUGGGAGGAGCUGGAGCUAUACAAGGAUGGGGGCAUCGCCAUCAUCGAUCAGUGGAUUUGCGCACAUGCCAGGUUUUUUAUUGGCACAUCAGUCUCCACGUUUUCCUUCCGGAUUCAUGAGGAAAGAGAAAUCUUGGGAUUUGAUCCCAAGACCACGUACAACCGGUUUUGUGGUGAUGAGGAGAAAGCAUGUGAGCAGCCCACCCACUGGAAGAUCACAUACUGAGGGCGCCAAGAGCCCGGGAGCAUGACAUGUCAGCGGUGCCUGGGUCCAGCUCAUCCUGUGGCUGAGGUCACAUCUCACCAGUGUGCCAACCACAAAAUGCAGCAGCCUCUCGGCCCACUGCUGGCAGGACGAGGACAGCAUGACAGUGGCCAUCCUCUCAGGUGGCUACAGAGUUGCAGGCAACGUCGGAGUGUGUAGCUGUUGUCUGCUAGGGUGAGAUUUGCCCACCCUGUACUCGCCAAGCACCGGGAGAGUGAGUGAUAGGCUUAUCACACCCUCCUCUGUCCACAUGGGAAACACAGUUCUCACACACAGUGAGCUUCCAGGCCCGCCAUUAACUGCCAAGAAGUAAGAAGUGAGAAGUGACAGUCACGCCAACUUCAGAGGCCACGUCAGAGAUAAGCUGCUCCAUCCAGUAGCUCUUUGUCCCAUUUCACAGGACUCCUCUCCAGUCUUCACACUGCCACUGAGGGGAUACUGCAGACCACUACAGAUAGAGUGGGUAAGGCCAGGGCAGCCUCGGGCCUGCAGUCACCCAUGCCCCCACAGGACUUCACCGUGGUGUCACAUGCUGCACAGCCACUUCCCUGUCCACUGGUGACAGUGGUACCUACCCUUCCCUUGUGCAGAGCUGGCAAAUCCUCCUGUCCCCUCCCAGCCACUGGCAUGGCCGCCAAGUGGUGUCAGACGCAGUGAUCACAUAUUUAUUCUUUUCCAUUUGUACAUUCAAUUAAUAAAAUAAAUUUUGUAGAAAGCUGUCA